AUGAUGAGACAUUGCUGUUUUCUUUUCCGUAUUCAUAGUCCCAACUUCCCUGGGAGAAUUUUGGAACUCGAUGUCAGAUCCCAAAUCUAUGGUUUGCUGCCGAUCAAAAGCUUUCCUUUCUGCUCAACUUUCUACACAUCCCUCAUGGAAUCUUCAGAUAUUUUCGUCGGGUCAAUAGACCAGGGUACCACCAGUACUAGAUUCCUCAUCUUCAACCGCGAUGGUGAGCCUGUGGCCUCUCACCAAGUUGAAUUUGGCCAGAUCUAUCCCCACCCAGGCUGGCACGAGCACGAUCCACUCGAGAUAAUAGCCUCGGUAGAAACAUGCAUUUCGGAGGCCAUCACAAAGUUCGAGACCGCAGGCCAUGGUCGCGACAGUAUCAAAUGCAUCGGAAUAACCAACCAGCGAGAAACGAGCAUCGUCUGGGACCAUGAAACCGGCGAGCCUCUGUACAAUGGGAUUGUCUGGACAGAUACACGCUCUCAAUCCAUCGUCACGGAACUGAGACAAAAGUCCGGGGCAGUGAAACUCUCCGAACUCUGUGGUCUCCCGUUGUCAACAUACUCAUCUGCACCCAAGCUACUCUGGAUGAUCAGACAUGUCCCGAAGGUCAGAGAUGCAUUCGACCGCGGCACCCUGGCGUUUGGAACAGUCGAUGCUUGGCUAGUCUACCGUUUGAACGGUGUGGAUGCCAACGUUUUUGUCUCUGAUUCGACAAACGCUUCGCGGACGAUGUUGAUGAAUCUAGAAACUUUGAAAUACGAUGAGACACUGCUUGACUUCUUUGGGGUCCGGGGGAAGAUUCAUUUGCCAAAGAUUGUACCGUCCUCUCAUACUACUGCGUAUGGGGUCAUUGGAUCCGGAGCGUUGGCUGGCGUCCCCAUUAUGGGAUGCUUGGGAGAUCAAUCAGCUGCACUGGUUGGCCAGAAAGGUUUCUCCCCUGGCAUGGCGAAGAAUACAUAUGGAACUGGCUGCUUUCUCUUAUACAAUGUUGGGGAACGGCCGGUUUUAUCAACACAUGGCCUACUGGCGACAGUUGCGUAUCACUUUGACAGGCCGAUUUAUGCCCUUGAAGGAAGUAUUGCUGUUGCUGGAUCUGGGAUCAAGUUUUUGCAAAACAAUCUAGGAUUCUUUGCAGAGUCCAAGGAUGUCAACGAACUUGCUAACUCGGUGGAUGACAAUGGUGGCUGCGUUUUUGUCACUGCUUUCAGUGGAUUGUUUGCCCCAUAUUGGAUCGAUGAUGCCAAAGGGACCAUCUUCGGAAUCACCCAAUACACUCAAAAGGGGCAUAUUGCACGCGCAACACUAGAAGCAACCUGCUUCCAGACCAAGGCUAUUCUCGACGCAAUGGAAAAGGACAGUGGCCACGUACUUUCAGAACUAGCUGUUGAUGGCGGAAUGAGCAAUUCAGAGCUUGCCAUGCAGACUCAAGCAGACUUGAUCAACAUCCCUGUUUACCGGCCCAAAAUGCGUGAAACCACUGCCCUCGGUGCAGCAAUUGCAGCCGGUCUUGCUAUCGGCGUUUGGCGAAACUUCGCCGAGCUACGUGACAUCAAUCGGGCUGGCGGUACAGUCUUUGAACCUCAAGUUUCCCAAACGAAGAGCAAGGAGAGGUUCGAGGAAUGGGAAAAGGCUGUUAAUGUGAGUAGGGGCUGGGUUGGAGUUAAUGAAAGACAUGAGCCUGGAACAAACACCACACCACGUUUGAGCAUGAACAAGGAAGCAGAGUCCUUUGUAGUGACGAUCAAGGAUCAAGGUCACUCGUUGGUUUCCCAAGUAUCCAAGGACCGAACCCUUACCGAUACGACCAAGAGAGCGACACGGAUAUCUGUGAAGGAAAUUGAAGUUCUCCCGGUGCCCAAGCUCCCUGGAAAAAUUGCGGACGAUCUAGACGAUAUGGAUGAAGAAGAGCUGUCAUUUGAACUACGCAAGGUCGAGAUAUUGCAAAGGCUCAAGAAAUUGAGGAGUGUAGGUUACUGA